AUGACUGAUGCUACCCUAAAGUUUGAGAAGAAUGUUGGUUCUUCGCUCCUAAAGGAGACAGAUAUCAUUCUCCGAAAGUCCAAUUUCCGCAGCCACCCAGAACCUUUGCCUGAAGCCGCUGAUCCGGAUGCCACCGAGGAAGAGAAUGAGGACGAGAAAGGCGAGCAUAAAGAGCAAGUUGACCAAAAAGAGCUCGAACGACCUGCUUCAGAGGAGUUCAAGGACGUUACAUCUUCGAUACAGAGCCGUGGUGAUCUGAAGAACCUGAAACCAUUUUACGAGCACGGGCAAAAUGUCGAACUGUGCUACCGCGUUUCAUCAGCGCACUUGAUGCUUGCGUCACCCGUCUUCAAGGCGAUGAUCGAUGGUCCAUUCAAAGAGAGCUGUCGCAACAAGUAUGGGCGCUUUGAAGCCAAGACUUUUGAGUAUAGCGCCGAAGCGCUGCUCAUCUUACUAGACAUUAUGCAUGGGCACCAUAGACGUGUCCCAAAGACCAUGGAGCUUAGUCUAUUGACGGAGAUGACUAUACUUGUUGACUACUACAUGUGCCAUGAGAUGGUGGAGAUGUUUGCUGAGAACUGGAUCGCCUCUGUCAUCCAGGAAGAUGAGAUAGAAGGAUCUGAUUACCAGGCGAAUAUAUCUCGACUGUUCAUCAGUUGAGUCUUUGAGAAGACCGAGUUGUUCAACUCUAUUGUUUAUUCAAUUCUUAAAUUGACCGCCAGGCCGAUACGAACAGACCUACCACUCCCUAGUACCAUUUUGGACUCACUAGAACAACGCAGACAGAGUCUCACGCAAAGGUUCCUGGACAAUCUUUACGGGCUACUCGAUUCGUUCUGGAGCAGUGACGGUGGCUGUCACACGGAGUGUACCGCCAUGAUGCUGGGGAUGCUAAUAAAGCAGAUGCUCAGCUUCGGCUUGGAGGUCCC